ACUGUAGAAUCUACAACAACAGGUGUGGCGACUACAACCCUAGAACCUUCAACAACAGGUGUGGCGACUACAACCCUAGAACCUUCAACCACAGAUGCAGCAACUACAACUGUAGAAUCUACAACAACAGGUGUGGCGACUACAACCCUGGAACCUUCAGCAACAGGUGCAGCGACUACAACUGUAGAACCUACAACGACGGGGGCAUUGACAACAACUGUAGAAUAUACAACCACAGAUGCAGCAACUACAACUGUAGAAUCUACAACAAAGCCUCCAGAUUCAACAACAGCUCCGGAUAGUUCAACCACAACAUCGACAACCACAAAGCCUCCAGAACCUAUAACAACAACAACAGCUACGGAUAGUUCAACCACAACACCGACAACCACAAAGCCUCCAGUUUCAACAACAACAGCUCCGGAUAGUUCAACCACAACAUCGACAACCACAAAGCCUCCAGAACCUAUAACAACAACAACAGCUACGGAUAGUUCAACCACAACACCGACAACCACAAAGCCUCCAGAUUCAACAACGACAGCUCCAGAAGCUUCACCUACAACACCGAAACCUGCUACCGUUUCUACAACCAUAAAGCCUCCAGGACCCUGUGAUGGAAAACCAUGCUUGGAUGGAAGCACCUGUCACCCUCGUUAUGAUCAAACCUUUGAAUGCUUGUGUUUGGCUGGUGAUAACUAUGAUUAUGACACCAAAGAAUGUCAGAGUGGCAAAGUUUUCCCUGGACAACUAAACCUGCCUAGCAUCACAUACGAACCGGAAAUGGCCGACAAGUCAUCACAAAAAUUUCAAAACGCUGCCAAAAAGAUUAACGGGGAGAUUCACAACAUUUUCAAGGAUGAUGAUUCUUUCUCCAGCUCGACAGUGCUGGAAAUCAGUCCGGGUCCAGUGCCGUCAAAAAAAAGUCAAGUUAGGUCAAUGUCAGCGAAGAAUAAAGCCAUAGCAACUGUUGAGAUCAUCUUCAAGAAAAGUGCUGACAUCAACGGAACACAAGUUCUAGAUAAGAUGUUAGCCGCCAGCAACUGUAGUGGUUGCUUACUGGAUGGUGCAGUUUUUGAUCCCAAAACCUUGUGUUCUUUGGAUCCUUGUGAUACGAAUACUACACAAUGCAAUGGGAUAGAUGGAGGUUUUACUUGCACCUGUUCGGAACAUUUCAUUAAGACAGUCCUCAGUGACAGGUUGUGCAUAGCCUGUCCUAGUGGUUCAAAAGCUAAAGACUCCAACGAAUGUGUACCUUGUCCCUUCGGGCGUUCUGGUUUUAACUGCGAGGAAACCUGGAAGCUAACUUUGGUCAUUGUCGGCUCCGUGCUUGGGAGCCUGCUGCUGAUCGCGCUCAUUCUUCUGCCUGUAUUGACACUCAAAGCCUCAAAGAAGAUGUCCAAGAAGGAGAAAAGUGGAGACCUGGGGCUAUCCUUCAGCCACAUUCCUACCAAGCAAUCAGUGGUUAACGGCAGUUCAGCUCCAAGGCAACCUGCCCUGUACGGUGGGCCGGCCGACAGGAUGUCAGGCUCGGCUAAUGCCGGGGAGAAUCGGAUCCCAAGGGCCACAACCACAAACAGUUGGGAAAAAAGAGCCAACCUGGAGCGGACCCAGACCAGCAGACAACCUGCCCCGUACAGUGGGCAGGUUGUCUGCACCUGCUCCAACAGGAUGUUAGGCUCGGCUAAUGCCGGGGUGCCUCAGAUCCCAAGGGCCACAGCCACAAACAGUUGGGAAAAAAGAGCCAACCUGGAGCGGACCCAGACCAGCAGACACCCUGCCCCGUACAGUGGGCAGGUUGUCUGCACCUGCUCCAACAGGAUGUUAGGCUCGGCUGAUGCCGGGGUGCCUCAGAUCCCAAGGGCCACAGCCACAAACAGUUGGGAAAAAAGAGCCAACCUGGAGCAGACCCAGACCAGCAGACAACCUGUCCCGUACAGUGGGCCGGCCAACAGGAUGUUGGGCUCGGCUAAUGCCGGGGUGCCUCAGAUCCCAAGGGCCACAGCCACAAACAGUUGGGAAAAAAGAGCCAACCUGGAGCAGACCCAGACCAGCAGACAACCUGUCCCGUACAGUGGGCCGGCCAACAGGAUGUUGGGCUCGGCUAAUGCCGGGGUGCCUCAGAUCCCAAGGGCCACAGCCACAAACAGUUGGGAAAAAAGAGCCAACCUGGAGCAGACCCAGACCAGCAGACAACCUGUCCCGUACAGUGGGCCGGCCAACAGGAUGUUGGGCUCGGCUAAUGCCGGGGUGCCUCAGAUCCCAAGGGCCACAGCCACAAACAGUUGGGAAAAAAGAGCCAACCUGGAGCGGACCCAGACCAGCCGACAACCGGUCCCGUACAGUGGGCCGGCCAACAGGAUGUUGGGCUCAGCUAUUGCCGGGGUGCCUCAGAUCCCAAGGGCCACAGCCACAAACAGUUGGGAAAAAAGAGCCAAUAUGGAGAUGACUCCGACCAGCAGCAGACAAAACUUGGUUCCAGUGGGGAGGAACUCGCGCCAUGGAUACAGCAACCCUUACUACAUGCACGACAACUGA